AUGAGUUCGCGAGCACUUAGGAAGUUAGGAGGAAAGAGUCUUGAAGAUGAAUUGAAGAAAUUGGAUAUUGAUGUGUCCCCCGAAGAAGAACAUGAGGAGGUGGAGGAAGAGGAAAGUCAACCUGCAGCCAGCCAACCGAAAUUCAAUGCCUUCGCAUUUCUUGGUGGCGAGGAUGAGAACGAUGAGGAGGAAGAGCAUGUUGAAGGGGAUUUGAAGCCAGUAGAAACCCCCAAACCUGUUGAAACAAAGAAAAAGUCGAAAAAGAAAAGGAAAGCCAAGAACAAAUCAAGGUCAACUACACCUGCACCAGAAGAUGAUGACGACGACAUCGACAAAAUUCUUGCUGAAGUCAAGCGUGAAGAGAAACAGACAAAACCUAAGACAACAUUGGAGACGUACGAUUUCGAGGACGAGUAUGAUUCUACAUUGGAGCCUUCUGAGAUUUAUGACUCUAAUUUCAAAAACUUCACCACCGAAAGACUAAAGAUGUCUCUUCCAUUGUUGUCUAUCAAAUCAUUCAAGAACCUCGAUCAGGAUCAAGAGUACAAGAACUUGUUUGGUAAUUCUUUAUCUACCGAAUUGAUUGAAGAUGCAAAUUCAACCACAUCAUUGGCAAUUUCACCAGAAUUGCUACAACAGUUUAAAAAAAUAGGCAAAAUGAUUAGAAAUUGGGGUGGUAAAGAUAGAAGAAACAUUCCGGGAACAUCACGCAAGUUGCUUCUUUCCAAAAUUAGAGAUGACUGGCUUCCCACACAAUUGAAAAGUGUAAAUAUGGAAGAGUUGACGGAAGAUGAAGUGUUUGAUUUGCUUAGGUAUAAAGAAGAUGACGUUGAUGAAUCAGAUUUACGCGUAAAGGUGACUAAAGAGAGAAAUUUGGGAGUUAGAUAUUUCAGGUUCAACAAGGUUAAUGAUACGAAAAGUAGGGUGGCAAAUACCAGAUUCUAUGCUUCAACUGUUCUCACACCUGAUCCAGAGUCACUUAUGCAGUUGUUGCAACAAAAUCCAUAUCAUCAGGAAACUUUACUACAAGUGGCAAUGGUUUUGUUGAGGCAGGGCGAUAAUAAAGCCACAUCAAAUGCAUUGAUCGAAAGAGCAUUGUUCACGUUUGACAGAAGCUUCCAUAAAAAGUUUCAUGAAUUGGUGUCGUCAGCAGAAAAUGGGUUAGUCAGGCUACCGUAUGAGUUUUUCUCCAACAGACAGUUUUACUUGAACUUGUUUAGGUAUAUUGUAUCUUUAGGCGAAAGAUCGCUUUUUGAAACAGCAUUGACGUACUGCAAAUUUUUAUUGAGUUUGGCACCAGCUGAGGAUCCAAUGGGGGUACGCUACUUUAUCGACUUUUAUUGCAUAAUGAGUGAAGAAUUUGAAUAUUUGAUCCAGUUAUCAAAGUCGCCCUUAGUCACUUGCUAUACAAGGUGGUGCACCCCAGGCAUAACAUUUUCGACUGUUCUUGCAUAUUUGGAGCUAAACAGAGUGGAUGAUGCCGAAAAAGAAUUGCAAAAAGCUUUUGAAGCAUAUCCUUAUGUCGCAUACAAACUUCUCACUGAUGUCGCUCUUUCAAGUGUCCCUGGUGUAAAAGAGUCCAAUUUUGAAGUCACUUAUGAGGAUGCUGUUAGUUCAGAGACGUACAUGGUGAGAGCAAAACUAUUGUGGCAAAAACACCUCGACUUUUUAAGUGCAACUUUGGAAAAACUCUUCAAGAGCAAACACAAGCCAGCUUCAGCCUCUUAUACUAGCUCAUUUCUCGGGUUGCUCAGUUUUGGUACAAGUAAAGACGAAACGUCAAAGGAAGUUCCGUUCAACUUGAUUAGGUUUGCUAUUCUAUCCGGAGAAAACAAGAUAAUGGCUAAAUUGCCAAAGUCGGUCUGGAAUCGAGACGAUUUAUUCGAGUUUGAUGUAUUGCCGCCAAAGGAAGAUAUGCAAGAGUUGAAUUUACCCAACUCAAAAAGGAUCUGCGACUCUUUAAUUGACUAUGUUGAUCAAAAUUUGCUCGGUGCGAUGGUACAAGAAAAUACGAGAGAUAUUGGGUUAAAUUUGAGUCCAGAAGAGGCAGCCUUAUUGGAAGGAGUUUGGCAUCGUAAUGGAGAGGCUGAGGAGAGAGGGUUAGAUUAG